GUUUUGGGUCCAGUGACCCUUCUUCAGAACAGCAUAAUUUUUCCCAUCGAUAUUCAAAUUCCCGGGUACAUGAACCGGAGAGCUAGUGGAGUCCUACGCCAGCCCAUGUCACCUUGUGUCGUUGAGCGGAGCUGAUUCCUGGCCCAGAGACAAGAUGUCCAAAGGGGACCAGUACCAAGAUACCGACUGCGUGUGUUCUUACGGGAUGAAAAUCACCUGGGACAUUAACGACCCCAAACUGCCCCAGGAUAUAAAGCAGUUUGAUACGUUCCAGGAAUGGACAGAUGGCUAUGUACGAUAUAUUUACACUGCAGAUGAUAAAAAUGCGCAAAGGCACCUUAGUGGUUGGGCCAUGAGGAACACCAACAACCACAACUGCCAAAUCCUGAAAAAGUCCUGUCUCGGAGUGGUGAUCUGCGCCAGAAACUGCACCUUACCUAAUGGCGGCAAAUUGCAGCUCAGACCAGCUAUCUGUGACAAGGCUCGUCAAAAACAGCAGAAAAGAGUAUGUCCAAACUGCAACUCAGCACUGGAACUGAUAUCUUGUCGAGGUCACAGUGGAUAUCCAGUUACGAACUUUUGGAGACUUGAUACCAAAGCCAUAUUUUUCCAGGUAAGUGAUAUUUAG